CAUUAGGUAGAGAUGGAUAAAAUAAUGAUUUUGAUGGUUGUUUUGGGAAGCGUGAUACAGUACGGCGGAGCUCAAACGGUUCAUUUGGUCGGAGACAAUAUCCGUUGGUCGAUACCUCCCUUCGCCGCUGCAUAUUCAAACUGGACUUCCUGCAACAUCUUCAAAGUUGGUGACAUCUUAGAGUUCGACUUCAAGAGUGGAGAGCAUAACGUGGUGGAAGUGUCAAGAGACUCAUUCGAGACGUGCACCACCAACAUAGCCAUCAGCGCACCCAUCACAGACGGACCGGCCCGCCUCACCCUCAACUCCACCGGCGAUCACUUCUACAUCUGCUCCGUCGGAAGCCACUGCCUGCUCGGACAGAAGCUGGCCAUAACCGUCGUUUCUGACGCCACGACACCGCCGGCACCUAAUAGCUGUACUCCUCCGUCUCCGCCUACUUCCCCUGCCUCCCCAGCACCGUCGCCAUCUGUGCCUUCCCCGUCAAACCCGGCUACCGGGCCGUCCGAUUCGACCGCUCCAUCGGAUGGGGCUACCGAUCCUCCCAAGUCUGAUAAUCGUUCUUCUUCAUCAGCUAUGCUGCAUGCUGGUUUGGCGCUUACUUGGGCUUCCAUUGCAUUAGCCUACAUAUAUAGUUCAUAAUUAUUGCCUUUUAUUCAAUAAGAUCCAUAUUUUAUUAAGAUUCUUAUACUAAGCAUAAAUAUAAGAAUCACAAAUAAAAUAUGGAUGAAAUAAAAGGUUAGCCUAAAAGUUUUACAAGUACUUGAAAAAUGGACGACGGGAGUGUGAACGACAAUAAGAUUUGAGACUUAUCAUUUCUACUUCAAUUACACUUUGUUUAUUUCACCCAUUCAAUUGUAUUGUACCGAGUAUAAUAAUAACAUUAGUAUGUAGAAGAUAAUUAUCUAAUUGAAUUUGAUGAGAGUGACAAUUUU